CCACUCACAACGCUCCACCAGCUUUUUCAGAUUCUUUGAUCGGUCAAUAUUGCGAGCCACUCUGACUCCUAAAAUCUAGAAAGACCUGGCUAGGUUCUUGCGUGAUGGGAGGCAGCUCGGAGCUCGGAAUGCGUUCAUCGCGCGAGAGCUGUCCACCUCGCACCUCACACCCACCCUUGAUAUCUCCGAUCCUUUCAUUGGGAAACUUUGCCUGCAAGAGGAAGGUGAUCAAUGAUAGACGCCCGUGUAAUGACUUUCCCCGAGUGGACUUUCCCAUGAGUCACAAAUCGAAGGAUCACCGCUAGUGGCCUCAUGUCGCAAGCUUGAUCGCACACUCGCCAAUUCAUAGCUCUACUUAUUCUAUAUCUCCUUCACGUAGCACACUUACUGUCUCAGGUUAUCUUUCCAUGAGUUGCAAUGGUUAAUGGCUUCCGCCGCGUCGACGACCUCCCAGUACCGCAUCGUUCGCAUCCCACCCGAUUCGCCUCGUCUCGUCGAUCUCGUAGCCAAAUUCCGCGAUACCAAGCUUGCAGCCCUCGAGGCAGAGCCUGGGGGCUUUGCUGUGAAGCAUGCAGAUGAAAUACUGCAUUCCAUCGAGAUAUGGCAGAGGCGUCUCGCGCCACCUUCGAAUGUCUUCAUAUGUGUCGUGGCCCCAGAGAGCGCGGCCGCCACCGAUGAUGAACGCGCUCUGAUACUGGGUGAUUGGGUGGGCAUGGCAACUAUAAGAGGCCCGCUACCAUAUUCGACGUACCAUAUCCCAGCAUCAGGACAGCCCAUUCCAGAAGAUCCAGACCGCGAAACACGCUGGCAUCUCUGCAACCUAUACACCUCCUCAGCGCACCGAGGCCAGGGUUUGGCAAAGACACUAGUCCACGCGUGCGUGGACUUCGCAGCACAACAAACAAGGACUGAUGAAAAAGCAAGAGCUCGGAUAAGAUUGUUUUUCAACCCAGCAAAGACGUUCUUGAUGGUUAUGUACAAAGCGUUAGGAUUUCAGGAGGCGGGCAUGAUUACGUUGAAAGAAGCAUUUGUGGCGAAUGGGGAUGAGGAGUUGAUUCCGGAGGAUACGAGGAGUAGUGAUGAGUUGUGGUGGCUCUGGGAGAGGAGGUAUGGGAUGGCUAUGGAAAGGGUUGUUGAUGUGGUAUGAUGGUAAAGGUGUCAUGCUCCUCGAGUCUUCUUUCAGCCUAAAGCAAGCACAACUGGAGAAAAAGGGUUGCUUAGCCCUUUAUGUCAAUGUUUGUACGUGUCAUAAAUACACCGCAUGCUUUCACGGAUACUUCGUAGUUAUAGUCAGUCCCUACUUCAUUAUCCAGCAAUGAUCGCC